CCGUCCGUUGUGUGAGCGUUAGAAGGGGGAGUGCGCUCUGCCCCUUCCUCCUCUCCUUCCGCCCCUCCUCCUCUUUUCCUGUUUCUCGCGCUCUCUUUCUUCCUUCCUUCCUCCGCCCCCUUCUUCCCUCCCUCCUUCGGUGCACUCUUUGUUGGCGGGCCCUUCUCUUCUCCCGAGCUUGACGAUGCCCGAGUUCCUCAGCGACCCGUCGGUGCUCACCAAGGAGAAGCUCAAGAGCGAGCUGAUCGCCAACAACGUCAGCCUCCCCGGCGGCGAGCAGCGCAAGGACGUCUAUGUGCAGCUCUACCUCCAGCACCUCACCGCCCGCAACGCCCCGGGGCCCCCCGCCCAGCCCGACUUCUCCAGCGACGAGGAGCGGGAGCGGGGCCCGGUCACUAAGAACAGAGCCGGAGGAGGGGGCGCGGCUGCCGUCUCCGCAGGCCGGAAAGUAACAAAGAAAACAGACAAACCAAGAACAGAAGAACAGGAUGAUAUAGAUGUAACAGAACUCAGCAACGAAGAACUCAAAAAUCAGCUUCUGAAACAUGGUUUAAAUCCAGGCCCAAUUGUUGCCACUACAAGGAAGCUCUAUGAGAAAAAGCUACUGAAGUUAAAAGAAUCAGGACAAGAUAUAAGUUCUUUUGUAGCCACUCCAACAGUUUCUUCCUCUGCAGAAAACAGCAAGCAGAAUGGAAAUGAUGACUCUGAUCAAUACAGUGACAAGGAAGAAGAUCCUAAAACAGAGUUCAAACUUGAGAAACGAGAACCACUGAAGGGAAAAAUAAAGGCUUCCGUAGCACUCAGACAGAGAAGAACUGCUGAACAUAACCAGAAUUAUUCUCAGGAUGAAGUUACUGAGACAUUCUGGAGAAGUGGAUCUUCCAGAAGUGGACUUCUACAGGCAUUUUCUAGGGACUCUGCAAAAGUAUCAAGACGAACACCACAGAAAAGGGUUGAACCUACAAUACCGUUGCCUGUACAUGAUGCAGGAAUAUCAGAGAGUACUCCCAUAGCUGAUACUGUAGUGGCUUCAAGCAACAAGACCUUACAGGUUUUCAGUAGGUUACCUGGAAAUGUCAAGCAUGCAGAUUCCAUACUGUCAGUCACUGACUACUCAGAAUUGUCCAGAAGAUCAUCAAAGAAACCAUUGAUGACACCUGAAGUAUCAGAGAAAACCUCUACAGAAGAAAAAAGAUUGGAAAGAGAUAUUCUUAAAGAAAUGUUUCCCUAUGAAGUAUCCACACCUACAGGAAUCAGUGCUAGCUGUCGCAGACCAAUCAAAGGAGCUGCUGGUCGACCUGUAGAUCACGGUGAUUUCCGUCUGGAUGAACCCUAUUCAUCAAAAUACAUUACCAAAUACGUUACCUCAGGUUUAUCAGAUGUCAAAGCAGAGAAACCAACAGUUAAAAAACGCUCCAUUCCUUUGUGGAUAAAAUUCCUGCUCUUCAUUGUUGUUGCAGUCUUCUUGUUUUUGGUCUAUCAGUGUAUGGAAACCAACCAAGGAAAUCCAUUUUCCCAGUUAAUCGGUAGCUCUCCAGAUCAAACGAUAGAUUGAGUAAUUUUUCUUUUUUGAUAUGGCAUCCACAGUGUGGUCUCCUGUUUUUAACUGUAGAGAUGUCUUCAUUCUUCAGCUGUUCAGAGACUGCAUACAGAGAAAAUGAAAAGUGAAAUAAAAAAGAAGUAAAUGAGAUGACUAACUUUUUUCAGAAUUAGGAGAUCACUUUCUGCCAUAAGUAAUAUUUUUAGACCGCUCUGGAACUUAUUGUAGGAUUUAUUUUUUUAAUGUGGACAUCAUUACAUUCAUUUGAGAUUGUAUAUUUGUUUUUGAAACCUGGAAGCUCACAAAAGGGGCAAAGUGAUAGUAAAAUGUGAAGAUGUGUUUAAAUGUUUUUACUUAAUACUGAAAAGAUGGUGUACUGAACUAUUCUCUACUUUGCCUGUUUCUAGGGGUGGGAAGAAGUAAGAUAAUAAAGGGAAAUGCACUCAUGUGCAUUUUACUGAUACAGUGCAGCUACAUUUAGUGUAUUGUAGUUUUAAUGAGAAACCCAUCAUUUUUUCUAUAGGAUGCUGUACCAUCUUAAUAAAUAAAGUGUAACCUAUUGUAUACCUUUCUGUAUCUGUCUUAGUUUUAAUGUAGUACCUUCAUUUAAGCUUAUCCUCUAUUUUAAAAUCGUAGUUACCUAUUUUAGUGCUUAAUCCUAUAAUUCCUAAACUGGCAAUAGUUGUCCAUAGCAAGGCUAUUUAUUAAUAAAAUUGUGUGGAAUAAAACUUACAUCAAUCAAGUUCAAAAACCUUUUUACUGAACAAUUAAAAUAAUAAAAAUCAUAAUUGCAAACUUAAAUUUUUAAUCUUGCUAUGAAAGGGUCAUGUUCUCAUUCAAAUAUUGCUAUUUUUACUUAGGCAAACUGAAUGCUAUAUUUAAAAUUGUUUUUUUCUGGUUGCAUUUUGUUUAAAACAUUGUCAGCAUUCAUAUUCCAAAACAUUUCCUUCUUACGGUAUUAAAGGGGCAUUCAUUAUAUUCCAUGUGAUGAACUAAGGUUAAAAAGUACUAUUUGUGGAGGCAGCCAUUUUAGACUGCUAUAAUUUGUUCUUGGUUACAUUUUUCAAUUCAAUUCAUUUUUUUACUAAAUGUGGAUUAUUACAAAUAUUAAAUGAAUGUAUCAGUUUGCAGCACAUGUGGGAUCUUGAUAUUACUGCAUAUUCUAUACAAAAUCGCAAUAAACUUAUUUUUAACCUUAAGUUCUACUGUCAUCAAAAGUUGAAAUCAAUACAGAUAAAUACUGUUUAAUUCUUUCUUCUAUCUCAAAUUUCUGUCAUCCCAUGCAGAAUUAGGCUCAAUUUGAAACGUAGAUAUUGACAAGCCCUGUAGAAUUUGUGGCUCUUACUCCUUGGUAAAGUGUGUAAAGGAUUGUAGAAUUAAAAUUUCCAAAAGGGUAGCUCCUGUAAUUAAGCCAUAUUAGCUGUGUGUGUUAAGGUUGCUAGCAGUUGAAGUGCAACAGCAUCUACAGGGCCUGUUAAUUUUAAAGCACAGCUCGAAAUUAUGUAGCUCUCCAGAUGUUAGACUGCAUGUCCCAUCAGCCCCAUCCCUUACAGCUAAUGGUCAUGAAUGUCAGGAGCUGCAGUUCAGCAAGAUUUGCAGAGCUGCAUCAUUUUUGUGCUUUAAAAACUUUACCAACACUUCAUUCUACUUAUGUUCAAUUUGUGAAGCUGCAUUGGGAGCAGAAUUAAGCUUCCAAUAUUCAAUUUACUUAAGUGAGAUUUAAGUAAUAACUGCACAAGACUGUGAAAUACAUGAAUAUUUUAUGUAUUGUUAUGCUUAUUAAUAUACUUCCAAGAAAUCGUGUACAUUAAUUUGUAUUCUCAGUAUGUAGUUAAUUUACCUUUGAUACAAAUCCAGCAAACAAGUAUUAUACAAAUCUCUGGAGUGCUGCUGUAUUCAGUAACUAGCCAUAAUGACUUAUGCCAAAGAAGCCAUUUCUAAAAAGGUGGUAUAUGAAUUAAGGUUAUCAUUCUGUGAAGAUGUAAUGGCUUUCUUUUAUAUACUCACAUGUACUGUAAAUUGACCCCCCAAAAUCUAGGUUGAUUUAUGCACAUAUCUGGAUGAUACUUUGCUUUGAAAGCAGUCCAGGCACAGCUUCCUAUUAAAGAAGCUCCAAUUCCCUCUCAUAUGUCACUGUGGCAUGGAGAAGGCAAUGCUUGUGUUGCAGUUGGCUAUGCCCAGAAAGCCUUUGACAAUACAUAUACCCAGAUGGAUGGAGAAGACCUUCCAGGCAUAGUCCGCCUGUAAAAGAAGCCCCACACCACCUCUGUGCCCUAAUUUAGAAUGGUCAAGAGCCCCACAGUGGCAUGCCAAUACGUUGUAAUCCCAGUUUAUCCACAGGUAACAUGUACAGUAGAGUCUCACUUAUCCAACAUAAACGGGCCGGUAGAACGUUGGAUAAGUGAAUAUGUUGGAUAAUGAGGAAUUAAGGAAAAGCCUAUUAAACAUUAAAUUAGGUUAUGAUUUUAUAAAUUAAACACCAAAACAUCAUGUUAUACAACAAAUUUGACAGAAAAAGUAGUUCAAUACGCAUUAAUGCUAUGUACUAAUUACUGUAUUUACAAAUUUAGCACCAAAAUAUCACAAUGUAUUGAAAACAUUGACUACAAAAAUGCGUUGGAUAAUCCAGAACGUUGGAUAAGUGAGUGUUGGAUAAAUGAGACUCUACUGUAAGUCCAUAAUUUUGGCCCCCAAGCCUGUCCUUGACUUAUACAUAAGUUUAUACAGUAAAUGAACAUGCUCAGCCUGGCUAUUAUGUCAAGACACCAUAGUGGCACUAGAUGGCACUAAAAUGUACAAGUUAAGCUGCUGAAGCAAGUGGGUCUUUCAUAUUUUGGCCACAAUGAGAUUUCCGACAUAACUUUCUCUAUUGGGAAAUUCUCAUUGAAGUCGUCCUAGUUUUCCAUUUGUUGAAGUUUAAGUAUUAAAGUAAUAGUUAUGUGCAUAUUAAGAUGUAUAUAUUUUGCUGAGUGAAAAAAGUAGGAACCUCUAGUACAAAUUAGUAGCAUGUGGGCCUCCAGAUGUUCUCAACAUUAGGCAUCAUAAUCAACAGAAAUGGAGGGUGGCAAGUUAUAUAGCAUUUGGGGGACCAUAUAUUCUCCAUUACCUGUUCUUGCACCAGCAAACACCUAACAAUUUGGUGAAAAUAUAUGACACAUUUUUAUACUACUAUGUAUAUAUUAUAUGAUGAAAUGCUUAUUGAAUAGAGCUGUUUGGUGCAUUUAAAGUACUAAUUGCAAUUUUUAAGCUCCACUUUAUCUAAAAUAAUUCUAUAUGACCACUAAACCAGCAGUCACUGAACUAAAGCUGUUUUACUGCAAAGAACCAGCAUGGAAAUCAUAAGAGGUGGCAUAUUCUCACACAAUUGCAUAUGUUCAAUUUAGCAUGUUUAUUGUGGUGAGUGUGAUCUAUUCCCCUUUUAAUAUCCAUGUGCAUGGUACCUCUGGCAUGCUUUAAAAAGCAAAAUGAAUAAUGUAAUACUGUGAUGUUAUUUCCUUGUCUGUAUCAAAUGUGAAAUUGAUAUGUUAGUGCCUUAAAGCAAAUUUCUGUCCUAUGAAGCAAAACUAGGUAGGAAACCUCAGACUGGAAAAUAAAUGUAAACUCAUUAGCUACA